AUGUUUCUACAUUAUCGUGUUCAAACCGAUCAUCGAGGUUUAGCUCAUCUAACAAUACGAAUGAGUUUUGAACAAAAUAUUCAUCAAUUAUUGGAUAUUUAUAUUGAUGGUCCACCACCAUUAACUAAUACUUGGAUAAUAAUUAUUCCACAAGGAUUAUUCUUAACAAGAUUACCAAAUUGGAAUAUUAUUCGUAAUAUUGUUCAACAAAAUCGUAUUUAUCCAUUACGUCAACGUGAAUUGAAUGAAAUUGCAUCAAGAAUUACAAUAGUGGAAGAAGUAAAUGAACAAUUACGACAACAAUAUGAAAUUCUUGGUCAUAAUCCACGUCGAGCUAGUUUUCGUAUUACAAUGUCUUAUAUAAGAAUAUGAAGAAGGAGA